AUGCGCCGCGGCCUGUCCGCCGCCUUCGACGGCCUCACCGCCGCGCCCCUGUCCGCGCUGCUGCGGCAGCCGCCCUGCCAGAGGUACAACCUCAGCGAGGAGCAGGUGCUCGGCAACGAGUGGUACCAGCUGCCGUCCCCGGCGCCGCCAGCCCAGAUGGUGCAGUGGGCGCGCAGGCACCACCUGCCCGUCGUUCUCAGGAAACAUCUGUUUGUGCCUGAGUUAGCAGCGGCGUGGCUGGAUGAACUUCGCAAAGAGUUUCAUUUCCGGCCAGAGAUCCAGAUGGUGGCAGACGAGAAACUGAACGACGCCAGAACCCAAGUAGCCGAGAUGGCAGGCUGCAAUCGUAGUCAGGUGUGCACUGUCGGUGUCCACGUGCGGAGGACAGACUACGGGCCGUACAUGCGCAAACUGUACCCCAGGUGGGAGGAGGCGGGCGUCGAGUACUACCGCGCUGCGGCGGCCGAGAUGGUGAGGGCGCUGCCUGCCAGGUGCGCCGGCGUCGCCUUCCUGGUCGCCAGCGACGACCCCAGGUGGUGCCGGCGCCGUCUGCUGCCUGCGCUCAGGGCGGACGCCCAGGACAGAUCGCCCAUGAGUGCUGUGUUCCUAAGAUCGUCGAAAGAUGCAGUGGAUGAUCUACGUCUGCUGGCGUCUUGUGAACAUACCAUCAUUAACUACGGUACCUUUGGAACACUAGCCGCCAUGUUGGCUGGUGGCAGGGUAAUCCUGUAUGACAUGACUCAGCACGGCGUACGACACCGGAACCCUUCCUCUCGCAUAGCAGACUACCUGCCACAGUGGAAUGUUCUGUCCUGAGGCAUGCUGCCCACUUAAUCACUCCACAUGGCAGUUGACAGCUGCGUAAAUCUACUACGCCUGUCAUCAGCUACCAGAUGAGCUGUGUACGGUGAUCAUGACUCGUGAACAGGAGUAUUCAGAAGAUGUGCUACCAAUAAUAAGGCAGCAGUUCAGAGGUGACUCUCAAAUACUACAGAGAGAAACUGUGCAUCGUUCCAUUCUCACAGUUCCUGGCAGUGUUUGGUAAGGCAUUCGCUCUGUUCGUGAUUAAUGGAGCCACAGGACGGAACAUCGUUGCAUAUUUCUUCUGGGUGUUGUGUAAAACGUGUACUAAAAUACAAGGAAAGAUAACAUGUUUGGUGUCAUUUAUUUGAAUUUUUCAAAAGGAAUUUGUUGGAAAUGUGGGAAAUCAUCAUGAAUCUCAACAAAGCGAAAAUAUUCUACUUUUAAAGUUAUCGCAGCCUGACUUAUGGAAGAUAUAUUCUGGUGUCCACCUAGGAAGCUGAUUGGAUGACUGUAUGUUAUUGCACAAUAAAUCAACAACUGACAAAGUUGAUUUCCAGAUUCUGUGGUUUGCUACCUGUAGUGUCUUCCUUGUUGCAGUACAUUCAGUGAACUUGUCUAAGGCCGUGGCUCAUAGUAUAUGAUAAAAAUCCCUGCCUGGCUUAGAACUCAUUAAGCCAUCUGGAUACCUAGAAAUAUGUCUUCAAGCUGCAUUAUAUUCGGCAGAUGACUGUGCUACUGCUCGAACUUGUUACCAUGUUCAUAUUUCACUCAUCUGUGCAGUACUGGUCAGUGAAAUUAGUGUGAUAUAGUGUAUAAGAAUGUAUUUUCUUAUUGUUUUCCUUAGAGAUUGUAUAGUCAGUUCUUAUUUUUACCUGUUGUGUCCAUUACUGAUCACUGCAGACCUUACUGCCAUCAACUGAUACAGUAACUACAACAGAGAUGAAUGAAAAACGAAAAUAGCACUCAAAGUUCCUUACAAGAAAAUAAAUGGUACCGUUAAGUUCACCUACAAUAAAUGUAAUAAAGACCAACAUGUCUAGUCAAAUAGAAAUGAAAAGCAGGACGCUUAUGAAAGUAAUUCAACGUACAUUUCUAGAUUCCUGACUUCGAUGUACUCUUGUUAUUUUCAAUUUUCGAGUAACUCUCUGCAAUAGAUCUGCACCUAUCUGACCUUUCUUCUUUUAAUUUUUCAAAUUAUUUUACUUUGGUGUCUUCCGUCUGCUGUUACCUACAUUAUGUUACUGCUAUGUAAAACACUCUUCAUAGUUAGAAGUGGAUAGAAGAACCUUAUAGUAGUUUCAGAUAUCAUGUUUGUCCUGUUGAAUAUCCGG